AUGUAAGGUGAUUUGAGAAUCAAUUUAGACUUUUAAGAAUAAGAAUCCUUUUAUUCUGAUGAUGAUGAAGAGGAAGAAGGAAUCAAAAACUAUUAAAUUGGUCGCUUCCAUCCAGUUUUUAUUGGUGAAGUAUUUCAUGGGAGAUAUGUGGUGAUUUAGAAAUUAGGUUAUGGGAAUUUUUCAACUGUAUGGUUAGCAAAGGAUUUCAAAUCGAAUAAUUUUGUUGCUCUAAAAAUAUAACGAAGUGCACCUUAAUCAUAGGAAGCAGCCCUCGAUGAAAUUGAAAUACUAUAAACAAUUCAAAGAAAAUCUCGAAAUAUUAAUAUUGUCAAAUUAUUGAAUGUUUUUGUACACAAAGGUUUAUUUGGUAAUCAUUAUGUAUUGAUUUUUGAAAUUCUUGGCCAAAACUUAUUAGAGCUAAUUAGGAAUUGCGAUAAUGAGGGUUUAAAUUUGGAAUAAUGCAAAUCUAUUAUUAAGUAAAUCCUGAUUGCAUUAGAUUUUCUGCACAGAGAAUGUGGGAUUAUCCAUACUGAUUUAAAGCCUGAAAAUAUUUUAUUGUGUCUUACAACUGAAUAAAUUAAAGAUAUUGUUGAGAAGGGACAAAUUAAAUAGCGCCAAUACUUUUCAGAAUAAUUAAAUAAAUAUUAUAAGCAGUCUAAAUCAGAUAAAAAAAAAGAAAAAAGAAAAAGAUAAAAAGAAAAAAAAAAAUUGCAAUCCAUCAAAUAUAAACUGCAGUAAAUUGAUUGCAAUAAAAGGUAUUGCAAAUUAAUAAUUAUAUAAGAAUCUUUCAAGUUAAAAUUGCUGAUUUCGGUAAUGCUUGUUGGGUAAAUCAUCAUAUGAGUGAAGUGAUUCAAACUUAAAAAUACAGAGCACCAGAAGUAAUAUUAGGUUAAUAUUAUGGAACAUCAGCUGAUAUUUGGAGUCUUGCUUGCAUAGCAUUUGAAUUAGUAACUGGAGACAGUUUAUUUGAAACAGAAUUUGAAGAUUAUGAUACACAUUUAAAGUAGAUUCAAGAAAUUUUAGGUCCAUUUCCAAUUGAAUUCACUUCUGUUGGAACAUAUUGUAGAUAAUAUUUUAAGUAUAACGGAGAAUUGAGAAAUGUUAAAGUUAAACACUAUUGUUCUUUAUAAUAGCUUUUAGUUAAAAAGUAAGAAUUUUCAAUUAAUGAGAUAUCAGAUAGAAAAUUAUGAAGCUGCUUAAUUUGCAGAUUUUUUAUUACCAAUGUUAAAUGUAUUUUCUUUCAAAAGAGCAACCGCAUCUUAAAUGCUCAAGCAUCCUUGGAUAAGUAAAUAAUAGUUUAAGUUUAAUUAUUUCAUCGAAAUGCCCUAAAUAGAUAAUGAGCAUGAAUAUGAUUCAGAAAGUGAUGAUGAAAAUUUGGACAGUGUUAAUUUUAAGUGAAAUUGUAGAUAAUAAUUAUUCAUCUUAAAGUUAUUUUUCAACUUAAAUAUUUCAAUUCCUAUUUAUUUUAUAAAGAUUUUACUAUUUUUAUUUUAAUACGAGAUAUAAUGAUAUUGUGAUGAAAUCUGCAAUUUUUAAUCUUUUUUUAUCGAAAAUUUUUAAAUUAUGUGAUAUCCAAAGAAUUGAAAAGAAGCUUACGAUAGAUUUAAGAAUAGUUUUUGAGUACUUUUGUUUAGUUGGGCACUCAUUUUUAAUUAUAAACAAUUUCUAUUAGGAAAAAUCAUUCAUUACAAGUGUAUUUUAUUAAUUAUAAAAAAUUUUAUUGAUAAUUUAUGGUGAGAGCCUUGAAAAAUCUAAAUACCAUUUUGGCAGAAAAAUAAAUUUAGAAAAAAAUAAAAUAAAGUGGAGCAAUAAAAAAUGUUUAUAAUUGGUGUGUUUUUAUCGAAAUAAGGAAAGUUAUAGGAAGCUUUAUAAAUUUUUAGAUAAUUGGUUGAUAAACUUAAGGGUGAUGUGGAUAAACCAUUAUUACUAUUAUUUCAUGUAACCUAGAAUUAUGAGUAAGACUUAAACAUAAAGCCAAUAACCCCUUUUUAGAUUUAAAAGCCACCCUAAUAAUAGUUUUAAAAUUAACCACAACCUUUUUAGCUAGCAAUAAUAAUAAUUAACAACAUUAAUAGCGCCUUCCUUAGCAUCCCAUAAGAAGGAUCAGCAGAUAAAAAUAUAUCAAAUCAACAAAGUUUAUAAAGUGAUAAAAUUUCAUCUUAAUAAUAAUUUGAUGAGCAUCAAUCAAGCAUAGAGUAACUAUUAAUGA